GCCUUCGGCCGUACUUCAAAAAAAUAACCCUUAAUAGUUCUCUUCGCUGCACACAGGAGUUUUACGUGAAGCUGAACUGUAUUUCGAAAAUCAAAUCGGUAUUGUAUUUAUAUAUAUAUAUGUAUAUGAACUCAAUAUUACACCUUAGAGGUUGUAAACCCCCAUUCCCUCAUUAUUCUAACAGAAAAGAGUGUGUGGAAAUUAUGUUCCUAGGUUGCUUCGUUUUCGAUCGCAUUCCAUUUUCUUUUUGUUUGCUUCUGGCAGCACUCCAUUCAGCCAUGCUUUUCAGUUAUUGUUAAUUUAGCUGGCGCGUCAAGAGCUUACAAGUUAUAAAUGCAAUUUAAAUUGUUAAUUUAUGGUAUAUAUAAAUAAAAAGUGUUAGAAACGUGUGUGUAUGUUAAUGUAGUUUGAAUAAUUAUUAAAAUAAAUGUGAUAAGUGCACUUAUUGUAUCAAAAUUUGGUGAAGAUUCCUAGACAGAAAAUGAAUUUCAAAGCAUUUACGGCAGUCAUAUGCGUCUUCGUUGGAUGCUGUAGUAACGUUAUAUUUUUGGAAUACCUCGUAAAAGAGGACCCUGGAUCUGGGAAUCUGAUAACGUUUUCACAGUUUCUUUUUAUUGCUAUUGAAGGGCUGGUGCAUACAAUUGCGUCUCGUAAUUUGAAGCCGAAAAUACCACUGCGUAAUUAUACGCUCUUAGUAGUUAUGUUUUUUGUGACAAGCGUAGUCAAUAACUUCGCGUUUGAUUUUAACAUACCAAUGCCUUUACACAUGAUAUUUAGAGCGGGAUCUCUUAUUGCUAAUAUGAUAAUGGGCAUUCUUAUUUUGAAAAAGAGAUAUAUUUUCUCCAAAUAUUUAUCAGUUUUUAUGAUAACAGCCGGGAUUAUAUUAUGUACAAUUAUAUCGGGAAGUAAUGUGAAAAAUGCCUCCGCGUCUUCGCCAAUAGACAGCGGAACUGCCGCAUAUUCGGAUUUCUUCAUAUGGAUUAUUGGCAUUGGUCUACUUUCUAUAGCUCUUUUUAUAUCGGCUUAUAUGGGCAUUUGCCAGGAAACUCUUUACAAAAGAUUUGGAAAACAUCCGGAAGAGGCACUUUUAUACACGCAUCUGAUCCCGUUACCCGGUUUUUUCUUGAUAUAUAAAAAUAUAUGGGAGCACUUGAGCAUAGCAAUUGCAAGUGAACCAAUGACUUUACCAAUAAUUUCAUUAAUUGGGUUGAAACUUCAAAUUCCUCAAAUGAUGUUUUAUUUAAUUUGUAAUAUUAUAACGCAGUAUCUUUGUAUUAGUUCGGUGUAUGUCUUGACAACUGAGUGUGCUUCGUUAACAGUUACACUUGUGGUAACUUUAAGAAAAUUUGUAUCCUUACUAUUUUCUAUAGUAUACUUUAAAAAUCCGUUUACUAUUUAUCACUGGAUUGGUACAGGACUAGUUUUUUUCGGGACAAUCGUAUUUACAGAAGUAGUUCCACGAAUUACUGAGCAUAUACAAAUGCAGAAGCAUAAAAAGCAAUAAUUAUAUCAUUGAUUGCAUGUGCAAGUUCAUGUAUAUACAUAUUACUAUAAUAAUUAAUAUAAAAUGUAAAUAUUUUGUUUACUACAGUUGAGUAUAAGUAGACAAUUUUUUAUAAACUAAUGUGUUUUCUUUUCUCGCAAUAAUUUCACAUUUAUUCUGCCCGACGCCGGUGCUGUCAAGUUUUCAUUUUCUUUUCUCAAAGUGUUGUACUCUCAUCAGGCGAAUAUUGGCAUUCUCUAACAUCUACGAUAAGCGAGAGAGCGCGUUGUUCAGCUGGUUUUCGGGUAUCUGUUCACAAAAAUUCAUCAAAAUAAUGUGCGACAAGUUUGUUACAAGAAAAUGACAGUCAAUCGUUCAAUAUUAUAUAUUAAAUAUAUUGAAUCUUUCUUGUUCUAUUUUCAUAUGACAAUAUUUUCGCAAUGUCAACAUACUAUAAUAAUGAGGAGACAAUUUUUUCGAGAACAGAAAGCGCUAUAUAGUUAUUUGUGUGAAGUAUGCUCUAAAACAAUGUUAAUAAAUUGACAAAGUCUAUUGGGAUAAUUGAA